CAGCUAUCCGGCCGGUCACGCAUCGCAUGGUGAUCCGUGCAAUAUGAUUUGCGAAUAGAGUAAAGUGAAUAUACAUCGCUCGAUACAGUCGGGUGGGCUCGGCCCGGGUACAGGUCUGACGCUCAAAAGUGGACAGACCGUGCAGUGUGGGGCAUUGUUUUUUGGCACCCGGGCCCGGCGAUUUGUCCACAAAGUUUUGUACGGGUCAGCGUGUCGGCACAGCUCGGGCGCAUGCCUUGCGUCCCUUUCUCGACUGGGAGGCAAAGAACACGCUGAACCGCAAGAACAGCAGCCGUUGCUUCCUGGUCCGCCUUGCUCUGUUCAUGGCGAUCUCCGGAGCGACGACGAUGGUGGCCUUGGACUUUGGAUCGACCUUGGCGGCAAGAGAUUCAGAGGCGCGUGAGAGGGCGUGCGUGUUGGCCGCGGGUGGCGCCGCUGUGGCCGAAUCGGCCGUAGGCUCGCCGGAUUCGGCCGUAUGAGCGGGUAUGCGCCAGUUGGAUCAGGGGGCGGCUUUGACUGAUAUCGAGUUCUCCGGAGCGUCAGGCACAACGUUUAGUUCUGGGGGCGGAGAUGUGGCGUCCGCAACCCCCGCCGGCCGUCGUCUCGUACACCCCCAUCCAGUCCAUCCACCGCGGUGGCACGGCGGCAUCCUGCGUGACAAUCAGUUCUGGGGGCGGGGGGCGGCGACGAGAUGUCAGUCGUCGUCUCGAGUUGCGCCGUGCAGUCUUCACGUCAUGGCGGCCCGGCUCUAGCAAACACCACCACCCGCGUUGGCUGGAAGCGCAGGUACCUGCUGAAUCUCUGUCGCCUGCUGGGUCGGCCGGCGACACCGGGAAAAUCUUCGAUGCUGUGUCUUGCAAGAUGGGCGCAGCUCGCCGUGCACAGUGUUCAGGAUUGGGUUUCGUUGACGCCGGGGGAGGGGAUGGCCCAAAGGUGUGAGUGCGUUGAUUUAAUUAAGUGCGUCAGGGCGUGGUUGGGGGGUUGGUUUCGCUCGACCGCGUGUGCCCAUCUGUGUUCUGACAUGAGGUACAUCCAGACUUUUUACCGGCCGACCGCUGUACAUAACAGCCCGGGUGAUUUAUUACAUCUAAUGGAAUAUUACAUUAAAGUGGCGAUUACAUGUAGUUCUACUUCACCCACGUUGCACAGUCCUGCUAAAUGCACAACAUAUGAUUCAAGCGAGGGAUAUUGGGAUUCUAACGCGAGAUGCUUGUGCAUGUUUGAAUGAUGACGUGCAAACGACCGGGAGCAUGGUCCUUAAAUACAUCCAUGGCGAAAAGUGUUUACGUUAUACAGUGCCUCAGUGCAACGGUAAUAUUUCGUCCUCUCGCCCUGCACACGGACAGUGCUCUGCAGCGUGUCUCAGUUUUUCUGUCAGCGCAUUGUUCUUCGAAUACGCGAAAUACUCCAAGUAGCACGUCUGGCCGCUACUAAUCGCAACGCUGUGCCAGCCGUCGAUGCGCUGCGUGCAGCGAUGCACUUCUCGAACUAGACCUUUCCUCAAUCCUGCUCUUACUGGUUCUUGCUCACUUCUGAACAUAUCCACAUUGCUUGCUUUUUACAGACGUCAUAUGAGUUCAAAAAUUGAGUCGGCUGACGAAGCAAAGGAAUUGCUGGCGGAUCUCCUUGAUGAAACUGUACGAUCUGGCUUUCAAACGUUAUCCUCUGUUCCGAGCCAUCCACUUGAAAAUGAAGGUGCUCAAUUCCUCCAACCCAUCCCAGGCACCUUCACAGAAGCUAAAACUUCUUGGCCAUCGACAAAUGCAGGCAUGAGUAAGCAUGAGGGCGAAGCAGGUUGUCACAGCAUCACUGCUCGCCAGGAUUCAGAUGGGAGAAAGAAUUCAAGGGAUGAACUUGCAACGGCUGAGCAAGACCGUGAUUCAAAACGGCAACGGUCAAAUGGGGCGCCUGGUGAAGCAACUCUGGUGAUGCCAGGGUAUUGUGCUGUGGAGAACUUGAGCGCCAAGCCAAGUGGUGGAGAGACGGCCGCUCCAUGAAGUACAUAUUCUGCUGGAGCGUUUGGCUGACCCGUUUCGCUGAUCGUUUUACCUGCUGCUUGAGGCUUGCAAGUCUCCUGGAACUUGUGACAAUGUUUCUUUAUGAUGCAACUCUGUUACCAAGUACUAGUGCUUGUGUUAGGACUACUAUCGAUCACUUAUAUGACACUAAAAUAUGUAAGCUGCUGAGUAAUGGGUGAUGCUAUGUACUGUAAUGAUGAGGAUUUAUUGCUGCUGGAAUGGGAAGAUCCGUGUUGUGUCCCAGGUUCCUGUUGUUGCUA